AUGCCCAAGAAGGGAAGACGGCAGCGCAAGGGCAGGGGCGGGCAGAAGGGCGGGGGGUCGCGCAGCAGGCCGCCUGCCAAGGCCCGCGCCAGGACCGACGACCGUCAAGCGCAGAAUCAACAGGCCGUCGAUGUCGGCCCGGAGGCGGCGUCGACGGCGGCGGGCUCCAGGAAGGAGGGGCCGAGGGUCGGCGGGCCGUCCGGCGCAAAGGUUGCCGGCCUGUGCAACCUGGGCAACACAUGCUUCCUCAACAGCGCCCUGCAGGUCCUCAAGGCGUGCCCAUCGCUGCAGCGGUACUACGCCACGUGCGGGGAGGCGACCAGAGACAAGCCCCUUACCUGCGUCCUCGGGGACUGGUUUAGGUUCGGCGGAGAUGGCAAGAAGGGCGGUGGAACAUACAAACCCUCCAAUCUGGUGCAGGAAAUCCGCAGGCUGGCUCCGCACUUCAAGGGUCGACAACAACAUGACAGCCAUGAACUGCUGCGCUAUGUACUGGACAUGCUGCGGAAUGAAGGGAAGAGCUUGGACGGGGAAGGGAAAGGUCAGAAGAUGGAGAAUGGAACUGAGCGUGUGGAGCAGGAGAACCUUGUUGGAUGCAUAUUUGGAGGCACUUUUGCGUCGUCCAUAUCAUGCAUGCACUGUGGUCACAAAUCAGAACAAAAUGAGGAAUUUCUCGAUCUAUCCGUGCCAGUCGUCCAAGAUGCAUGCAGCACUGGUGGUGGCAUGCUGAGCCCAAGCCAGGAAGAGAAAGAGAACAGGCACAGCCGAUGCUGGAUGACAGCUAAGGAACGUCAACGGCUCAAAAAGGAACUGUACAAGAAAGAACGAAUGCAGCAAAAAGAGAAAGGGGAAUGCAUGGACAUGGCUCUGCAAAAUGGUGGCAAUUGCAGCAAUGCAGCAGCGCCACCUUUGCUGGAUAGUGAAUCAGCCAUCAACAACAACCUCUCAGCAGAGCAUCAGCCUUCAUCGUCAGGGGCAGACGGGGUGCAGUCUUGCCAUGGAGACUUGUCUACAGCUGCCAGCACAGCUGGUGAGCCGGACGCAAACAGUUCCUCAUCUGCAGCAUCGAUGGGCAAAGCGGAAUGUAAGGCCAACGUUUCCAGCAAAGCAGCAACUUUGGAGCGAUGUCUUGAGAAGUUUUUUGAAGAGGAGCAAGUAUUUUGGGAGUGUCCAAGGGAGGCUGAAGAGAGGCAAAAGCACACCAGCAGCAAGCGUGUCAGGUUUUCGGAGUCGGAGCCAGUCGUGUUUGAGGUUCCUGCUUCCGAUGGGUGCCGGGGCUGUGAUUUCCUAAAUGGAAUGACGCUGCAUGAACUGAUGUCGAAGGCCAAUGACAACGACUCUUCUGAUGAGAGCUCUGAAGGGGUAGAGGACGAGGAGGGAGAAGAUGCCAUAGAAGAUGGGGCGAGGGAGACAAAGGAAAAGGUAGGUGAUGGAGAUGAGGAGGGGGAGAAAAAGGUAGAAGACAGGCUGGAGGCAAAAGAGGAAUGCACACAGGAAGGGGCCAAAGAAAAUGGUGAGGAGGCAGAACUUGUGGAAGAGAAAGGGGAACAGGACACUGAGGUUGGGACAGCGGGUGAGACAGACGAAAAAGAAGGCGAGGGCAUCAUUUGCAGCGACUGCGAGAGUGUGGGCUCUGUGGAAAUUUGCUCUUCUUCUGAAGAAGAUACUCUCCAAUCUGAGAGCUCGGGAUCCUGCUCCCCAGAGCAGACUUACACUUGGUCCAAAGUGUGGACAUCGUCUUUGAGGUCCUGCUUGAGGAAGCAAGUGGAGAUGAAGGAGGCACACAAGAAAUACAGCAUCCAGACUGCACCCAGGGUGCUUACCAUCCAUCUCAAGCGUUUUGACAGGAACCAAUAUGGCAAAUUGGUCAAAGUCAAGACACAUGUUAGAUUUGGAAUGGAAAUUGAGAUGGGACCAUUCUGUGAGCCCUCUGGUGGUAGUUUCAGGUAUCAACUGUUCGGUCUAAUAGAGCACAGAGGCGGCAUGAGGGGCGGCCACUACGUGGCUUAUGUAAAGAGGACAUUCCCUGAAGACGACGAUGGCAGUUUGGCACAGGAUCGGUGGUUCUUUGUGAGCGACCAAGUUGUGAGGGAGGUGGACGAGAGGGAGGUUGCGGCGAGGGAGGCGUACCUUCUGUUGUACGAGCGCGUUUGA